CAUGACUCAAACAACACAAGGUGUACAGGUAAUCUGAGGAGAGGAGCGUGCUCUCGGUGGAUUAUUAAACUCAGCUGGGACUAAAGGUGAAACCAAUCAAACUCAGCUAACCACGUCUCGAUUCCGUUCAUGCUGAUGUGCAGUUUGAUCAAGAACAUGUUAAAGUUAAAUGGCAUCCUAAAGUCACAAUGAGGAAGAAGACACUGGACUCGUUUAAAAAGGUUGUGAUGUUGCUCCUGGACAGAGAUGUUUGGUGAAAGAUACUGUAGGACUCCAUUGGAGUGUCCUCAGUCAAAAUGCUUCAUACUGGAUGGACCAUUUGGUGCGUUUUACUGACUCUACACAUAUCAGCCUGCCAUCUGGAGAUUUCUAGAUAUGACAGCGAUGGAGUCAUUUGCUCCGAGGGUCUCUCUAAUUGCACCAUGAAGGAUGAGAUGCCUUUUAAUGUACCAGAGAAAAAUGCUGUGGUUGUCCAAAGGCUGACUCCGUAUUUUAAGCUCUGCUGCAGGGACAGGGCGCCGUGUGUAUUAUGUCUGAUGAUAGAGAUCAACAUUCAUCCGGGUGAAGCCCAGGAGAAUGAAGGCCACUCUGGAAAUGGAGAAGAGGAUGAUGGGGAGGAAACAGAGAGGAAUUGUAAAGCGUAUGUGACGGUGUGCUACUGUGCAGCUCCUGCCAUGUCCAUGUGCAAGAAGGUGGAGUUUACGGUUAACCGUGCAGCUCUUUCUCAUGAAAAGCAGUCAAAGAUUUCUGUGGUGAUUAUUGAGCCACCUGGGGUUUCCUUCAGCAGUCGUGUGAUUGUUUAUCCUGAAGCUUCACUUAUAAGAGAAGAAGUUUCUGUUCCUUCUCUAGAUGAUGUUUGCGCCCAGGAGCUGCAGGAACGUCUAGACGAAUGCCAUGUGCCCAAACUCAUCAGUGUUAUCAACAAAGAGAUGAAUCGGGUGGAGCUGCAGUUUGAUGGCAGGAAUAAGAGCUUCCCCUCUGUGUGCAUCCAGUAUGAGAAGAAUGGAAAAUGUCAGGGAUGGAACAGGACAACCAUCCCACUGUAUUCUGUGACCCCCUGCCUUUGUCUCCAGGUCUGGGAUGAGGAUGGGCAGAGGUCCAGGCGCUCUCUCAGUUGCCCUUUCACUGACACAGAUGUAUUCCAAAGGAACGUAUGGCAGAAUGUGUCAGUGUCUGUGGGCCCGGGUCAGAUGAACAACCUCCGCCCAAUGCUGUCGUGGAAUCUGUCCGCACCCUGCAGGCUGGAGGGCGAGGUGUGGCCCUGCAAGAAGGAGAGCAGCUGCAGGGAAAUGAAGGGCUUUAGACAGCAGCUGUCACAUGGCACGUGGAAACAAAACAGCAAGGGACAGUGGAAUAAAACAGGGGUGUUUGAAGAAAUCAACCUGAAGCUCUCACCAUGUGUGAUGGUGAAGGUAAAGGGAAUGGAUCGUGAGCUGGGUCCAUUCUGUUUUGAAAACACUGACAGGUGGCACUGGAGUCUCCUGAUUGUUGGUAUCAUGCUGCUCCUUUGCUUGACAGUGUUCAUAUCUUCAUAUCUUCUCUGGCAUGACUUUGUGAAGAAAUGGGUGUGGAGCUGGCAUCAUGGCGGAUUUGUACAGAUUGGCAUGAAGUGUCAUGUGGUGUUGCUGAGCCCCCCAGAUGUGGAUGACGGUGUUUCGGAGUCAGUGCGUCGGCUCGGCUCACAGCUCUCUAACCAGGGCUUCAGCGUGUCUGUGGACCAGUGGAGCAGGAAGGAGCAGUGCACUCUGGGGCCUCUGCCAUGGCUGUACUCCCAGCUGCUGGAGCUGAAAAGCCUGGGCGGCCGAGUUGUGAUUGUGUUGACCCACAAAGCCUUAGAGCGAGUAAAAACAUGGACCCACCAGAACCAAGGGGUUAUCAAGAUGAAGAGGGAAGACAUGGGUUUUCCUCAGAAGUCUUCCCCUUACUCUGAUGUGUUCACAGCCUCUCUGUGUCUCAUCCAAGCGGACAAGCAGCUGGGCAGAGCUGCAGAACGUUUUGUUCUUGUGACAUUUGACCCCAAUUCAAGCAUUGACAGGAGUCUACCAGAGCUUCUUCAGGGGCUGCGCCUGUUCCAGCUUCCCUCUCAGACCCAGGCAUUCUUGUCUGAGCUCGCCGUAGCGGGGGCAGGGAAGGGAUCAGGUAAAGACAUGGACAGGGUGGAAAUGGAGGGCAUCAGAUGGAUGGAGGUCAAAGUCUAAAGAAGGACCAAUCUAGCAGAAGAAAUCACACUGUAAAUAUGUUGAGAGUUGAUAAAGAAACAUGGAGACAAAGACCUUUUAGCACCCUUUAGUUAUUUGUGUACAUUAUUGCUGCUCUGUGCAUAUGAAGCGUGUGUUCAUCCAAAGUGUGGAUGAGAUGAACAUAUAGGACAUUAUUAAAUAAUAGCUGGCAAUGAUCUAUUUGCAUGGUGUUAUGCCAUGAAAUGACCAAUAACAAACCAUCUCCCAAAUGUUCAACUCUACAUUUGCAUGUUUUAGUCCCACCCUGUUUAUCUUUUACAAAAUACAUGAUAUCCCAAGUAACUGCAAGAACAUUACGUUUUUAGCAAAUAUAACUAAGGAAAGAUUAACUUGUGUUUUUGUUGGGGACUAUUUUCAACUGGACAUGAUGUGCUAGUGAACACCAGCAGGAUAUAGGACUGAAUGUUCAUUGUUAUGAAGUUAAAUGUUACAAUGUGGCAGACCUGUGAUUUUAAUGUUUUGUGCCAAAAACUGUGGUCUACUACGGUAGAGGAAUACGUUAUAUCAGGUUUCGGCUACACCUACACACACUGCUUGUUUAAGGAUUAAAUCAAUUGUUGUGUAUAAGAAGAAACAUGUAGAACAUCCUCAGACCUAUCCUUUAAGCUUCAUAAUGUUUAACCUAAAAUGUAACAGACUUAUCAUAUCCAUGUACUGUCCGUCUGUCAACACUGGUUUAUAAAUACAUGUGCUUAUUUUUGUGCAUGGUGGAUGUCAGAUUUUGAUUGGCCAUCUUCAGUCAAGGGCUGUGGAUCCGAUUGGUGCAAUCUAGUGUCAGUUUAAAGACGCAGAGGAGCACUUGUUAAAUGUGUUCACUACAUCUCAGAGGGGCGGUGCUAUGAGGCAACUCGAUGUUCCGCCCACUCGGGAUGUUUGGUUUAUUUUUGGCAUCAAACCACGAAGGAGUGUUGAAGUGUGACAACUUGUGUGUCAGUUGUAUUCACCCUUUUUAAACUUUAUUAAGACCGACAGAGUGCAGAGUCAGUCGACACACACAGAGGAGGUAAAUAAACCCUUAACGCAUGUCUA